UAUCAGAAGAGUCAGACUCGAUGCAACUGAAUGCGUGCAUUGAACCCCCAACGCUCUUAGCAGCCAUUGAAACUAGUCCAGCGGUCUCGCCAGUGUCGUGGAGAACUCAGAACAGCUCUGGAGACUCAGGGACAGAUUGUGACACUCCUCCGGAGCGUGAAGAGUGUAAUUUUAUUGAAAACAUCAAGAGAAGAUCGCCUCGGGAUUGAUAUCUUCAGGAAAUCUAGCUCGCACACUCAGAUGGCACUUGCUGCCCGUAAUAACCGACAUCAAAAUCGAAGAGUCCCCUCAAACAUCCUCUCAUAGUUUGCUAGCUUUCCAUCGAGAUGCAUUCGGGUCUUCAUUUCUUGCGCAAGAAUUGCCCGCUACGCGAGGAGAGGAAAACAAGAAUGUUAUCUUCCCGCGACGGAAGCGAGGACAAGGAAGAAGGUGUCGUCGUCACAAUGGAGGUCUUGGAGCAAGUAUUUCACCUGCCGCUACAUAAAAACUCUCUUCUCCUAGGGCAUCUGCGCAACUGCCUUCAAGAAAGUCUGCAGGAAACUCGGAGUCAUGAAGUGGCCCUACAAAGAGCAACAGACCACCAAGAACCAAGGAUUUGCGGUCACUACCUUUGGAAACAGCUUGUUGGAAGAUUCGAAGAUUGAUCCUUGCGUCGUGAAGACCGAACAGGGCAUCGUCAAGAGAGCUCCAAAGCCUUAUCAUCCAGGAAAGCCCUCCCAGCCUUGUUCGAAUCAAUUAGUGGGCCAAAUGGCGGACAAGAACGUGCCAAGUGCCCUGAC